UGUCUGUGAGGGGGUCGGUGAUACGUCGUCAUGGCCACGGGGAGGGCCUGCGCUUGGCGAUUUAUCACGUGAUUGGUCGAGAACGCGCAUGCGCAGAGGGAGUUGUCGGCGCGCCGGUGUGCGGCGGGUCGCGGCGAUGUCAGUUUGAGUUGACUCUCGUGCGGUGCGGACUGUGGACUGUGUGACGAACGUUAUGACCCUGUAGUGUUGGUCCCGGUGUAGGGGCCAGUGUCGUAGGAACCCGUGAAUCUCCACCGCCACCACGACGCCGAUCAAGCAAGAUCUACACCAGGCACCGCCCCCGUAUGGUAGGCGCCGCGGCGGCAAGCCGUCGUCCCUCGCAUCCACGUUCGGACUGCAAUACUUCCAGGAGGACGGAGGCUCCGGAUCAGGGGCUCUCCUCGGGACCCCGGGUCCUAGGGCCCACGCUCCCCUACUGGCACCGUGCUGCGUACCUCUACCCGUCACACAGACUCACAACAUAGGCCGAGCUCCAGGGUCGGCGUCGUCCGCCAACACCAUGAUCAUCGCCUGUGCCGGCUGUGACAAGCCAAUCCUGGACAAAUUCCUUCUGAAUGUUCUCGACAGGCCGUGGCACGCCGAGUGUGUCCGCUGUGUGGACUGCCACAACAACCUCACCGACAAGUGCUUCAGCCGCGAGGGGAAACUCUUCUGCAGGAAUGACUUCUUCAGGCGAUAUGGCACCAAGUGCAACGGCUGUUCGCAAGGAAUCUCACCCAGUGAUUUGGUGCGGAAGGCUCGCGACAAAGUGUUCCAUCUCAACUGUUUCACGUGCAUGGUGUGUCGGAAACAGCUGUCAACUGGCGAAGAACUCUAUGUCUUGGACGACAACAAGUUCAUCUGCAAAGAGGACUACAUCACAGGAAAACAUGGCGAAUCACUACCGUACUCAGGGUCCGAGGACGAGGAGGACGAUGAGAACAGCGGGUCGACGGCGGGACUGAUGAAGCACCACCAUCUUCAUGGACAGCUGCAUCCAGGAACACCAGAGACCAACAACAACUCCUUGUCCGCAGGAGAUCUUCAAGGUCCUCUCGGACAUUCUACCAACCCCGACACCAAGCCUGGCCAAGACGACUCUGAAGAUCAAGGACUAUGGUUGGGUUCAGGUUCCCUGGACGGGGAUGCGGAGACGAGGGACUCCCAGACAGAGAACAAAUCCCCGGAUGAUGGAAACUCGGGGUCCAAGAGAAGAGGGCCGAGGACUACGAUAAAGGCGAAGCAGUUGGAGAUCCUAAAGACUGCGUUCUCACAGACUCCCAAACCCACGAGGCACAUUCGGGAACAACUAGCUAAGGAGACCGGCUUGCCUAUGAGGGUUAUACAGGUUUGGUUCCAAAACAAGAGGAGUAAAGAAAGGCGACUAAAGCAGCUGACGUCAAUGGGCCGAGGUCCAUUCUUCGGUGGCUCUCGCAAGAUGAGAGGGUUUCCCAUGAACCUGAGUCCCGGCGGUCUCGACGAACCUCCACCGGGAUUCCCGUACUUCGCCACAGCCGACGGCAAGUUCGAGUUCGGUUACGGCGGCCCUGGAGGAUUUCCUCACGAGUUUUUCCCCGGCCACCACGCUCACGGACAACCUCUUCCAUUCAACCCCCAAGUACUCUUUGCCUUCCCAGGUGGACCCAUGGACCCAGGUCCGAUGGGGCCGAUGGGCAACGAGUUCGGUGGGAUGACUCCCGAGCCUCCCCCAGGGUUCAUUCCUCAGCCCCCGCCACCCACCGACCAACAGCUGCUAUCGCAGCGAGCCAGCCCAGAGUUCAUCAACCCUCAAGGAGUGAGUGGCAGCACGUUUUCCGAGCCCCAAUCCUUGCAGAACGAAGGUCUAGUGUGGUGAUAGCCGCAGUCCGUGCGACCAAGUGCCAUAUUGCAACACAAAAUAUUGUGGGACAUUGUUACGAUCAAUGAUAUGACACAAUAGCCAACUUAUGUUUUCGUUAUCGAGUUUCAACUCGCUGUGAACCUUAAGUGUGGACCCUGCUAUUUUUUUACUGUACUAGAUGAGUAUGUAUGUCUUCGUUUAAACUACGCGUGGUCGUUACUUUUGUUGAAGUGUUAUGCUUAUGUAUAUACAUAUACAUAUAUGCACGAUUUCGAUAGACUUUACUAUACAUCAUCAUUAUUUCGAAUUGUAAAUUGUAUAAUUUAAUAUUCUCGAUUAUGUUCUUCCAGUGAGAGACGUAGGGGCGAUGAGUUUCUUUACUUUGUUCUGUAACAUUUAUGUACAGUAAGGUAUCAGCUGUCCGUUAUUAGAAGUACACCUGUCUAUUGAUCGGCUAGUAAUAAAAAUAUAUUUAUGUUC